AGUCGCGCAACAGCGUCGACUGCACGCUCAAUCAUUUUUACACUUACAUUUCGCCUAUCGCUUGACCGAUGAAUGCGCGCUUUGCGUCGCGACGCGACGUCGUUCUCAGUCAUUCACGUUGCGCGGUACUGCGCGCUUUCGAUCGCAGGUUUUUGUUUAUUCCGUUUAUUUUUCAAACAAAGUGAGUGAUUUUUCUCAGUUUUGCUGGAAUCUCUCUGCAGUUGUUUCCCAUGUACGGUUCCGAACCGCCGCCACCGGGUACGACCGGCUAUGUCGUAUACGAUCCGGAGUUUCCUCUAAGCGAUAACGACGAUAACGGUUCCGGUAGUUACACUGUGCCGCCCACUCCGCUGCUAGGUCCAGUAUCAUCAUGUUCGGAAGAUGAUUCUGAAAGAGCCCCACAGGAUUCGCAUGAACGUUGCAAACGGACCAGGUUGUCCAGUCCUGAUCCUCGUCCACCACAAGCAAGGUCGCAUUCGCCACAGAUUCCUCUAGUUUUGGAUCAAUUUUCAUCCUCUUCGGAAGGUGACGUGACUGCUGCUCAAAUGAUCCCCAAAAUCUCGAACGGAAAUCGCAAAAAGACCAGAUGGUCCAGUCCUCCUCCUUGCCCACACAUUCCGUCGCAAUCUCCAAAGCUUCCUCUUGUUCUAGACCGGGUAGUUCCAGUGUCAUCCUGUUCGGAAGGAUACAUGACUGGUUCUAAAACGACCUCCAACCCACAAGUACCACCUCAAUCUUCGCCACAGCUAUUUUGCAUUAGAUCCUACUCCCGCCAGGACCUCUAUCCAACCGAGCCGGACCCGACAGUUAACCCGGCAUUUGCACUUUCACCCUACUGGCCCGUGUACGUUUCCAACUUUCGGCUGAACAGUUUGGAUGAAUCGAAAAGGAACGCACAAAUUGCCACCUAUUUUGCUAGCAAAGGACUGCUCACGAGAAUGAUCUUCAUCCGGCAAAACGAUUCAUUUUUCCAAAUUUAUCAGAAGCCAACCAUGCUGCUGGAUAUGCUGGUGUACUUCACGAGCAAGGCGGAUGCCGAUCGGGCCAUUCGCUGCUGCGACAGGACGACCUACUACGGUCACAUACUGAACGUUUUGCCCGGUAGAAUUCCGGUGUAUUUUAACAUGGAUCUUACGGUACGAUUUAAACUUCCGGAUGCUUAUGCCAUUGAGCAUACGGAAACCCCAUCGGAGCUAGCGUUGCUCGGUUCAAAAGACUCAGGGAAUAUUGUCACAAUUGCGAAACAUUCCGGAUAUAUGCUUUUCGUGGAAUUCAAAGAUCAAAACUCAAUGAAACUCGCCGUGGCGCAGUGUACUACGUGGAUUCCGUCACGGCUGUCGGAACCAGUCCAAAAGCAAAGAUUUUUAGAACAGGACUGCACAAACAAAAUGCAGCUACUGCUUCAGAAGGACGGCGCGUUCAUUAAUAUGCUUCCUCCGGAGAAUUUGCUGCAGGAUUUGCUCGGGGGAAAAUUGCCUCUGGUGGAUAAAGAUUGGGACAGUUGGAAAUCUCCAAGGGAACUGCCGGAAGAUUUGCGUAUUUCAUUGUACCAUCGAAAGAUAAAACGUAAGAAAAUGACGAAGGAUGGUCUACCCGACAAUCUCCGGAAGGAGGUGUUCCUUCGGAAAAAUAUAUUUUUUGGGAUUAAUCAGCCCCCAUCGGAACCAAACUUGAAGAUAGCUCAACAUUUACCAGCUAAGGAUCCACACAUGGCCUACCGUGAAAGGUUGAAGAACAAGCAGCUUUCAUUCGAGGAAAAAUUCGACAGGAUCCGCGUGAACAAAAAUUCCAGCCCAACAAUCAUGCCCAUCGAUCAACCAAGUGGAAGUACUUUGAAACAUGGCAAUGAAUGGUCAGAGUCAGAGUCCUUACGCUAUGCAGUUAAGAAAUUCCAAUCCAAAAGGGAAGCAUUUCUAUCCACGAAGAAGAAACUUUUGGCGCACAAGAAUACGAAAGAUCUUGCGACAAGGAACAAGCUGUUCUGCAAUAUGCUACGGUUGGAAACGUCGCUCAGAAAUAUGGGGCAAAAAAGCGAAGCUUUUCAGUGUGACGAAUUGAAUACGGGGCUCGUCACAGCGGUGUAUAAGACGGAUCAACAGAAGCGGUUCUCCAUGUACUUCAAAACUCCCAUGACUAAUGUAGACCUCUCGGACGUCAAGGAGCCAUUGGAUGAGCUGUCGCCCGUUUUUGUGGCUAACUUUGUCGUCUCCGAUCUGAGUCCUCGGCAACGCAAUCGGGAAGUCAGCGAGUUCUUCCUGGCUGAAGGCUUGUCCGUUUCUAUGGUCUACCUCGAUGACAGGGAUGAGUUCUACAACUCCUACCUCAAAUCUGUCAAGCUGCUAGACAUGUUGGUAUAUUUCCGCACCGAAGACGAUGCCACCAAAGCCAUACGUGAACUGCACGGAUCGACGUACCGCGCACACAGGCUGAGCGUUUUUCCUGGCCGAAAGGAAGUCAUGUACGUGAAAGGUAAAGCUAUUCUUCUGAAUUUGGACAGUGAUCCCAUGCUGGCAGAAAAAGCGAUCGAGCAGUUUUUAGUCAAUGUCGGUGUUCGCAUUGAAGACCUCGACAGCGUAAUGCGCUAUCCCAAGAAAGCCAUAUUUAGUUUCGGGUGCAAAAACGGCAGCAUUCUCCCCGCCGUUCAAUCGUUAUCUGCAGCUAACGUUCCAAGACCGAUGCCGAGGAUGCAACGCUACACCGAAGCUGACGUGAAAGCGGACCUUUUGCGGAGAAUUCUGCACGAUGAGAAUUUUCUGAACGAUCAACCGGUUGCGGAUGACGAGUUGAAGCGCUUGUUUGCCACCAAAUCGCGUCCAUCAGAGACAGAGAUCUGCGGUGCAGCGGUUGUGUGGGAUGGUCCCUACCAGAAGCGAGAGGAAAUGAAUGACCAGAUCGGAAAAGUGUUAGUCGAGUGGAAGAAAAUGCUGACCGAGGCGCAGUUGGCGUCACUGAAGAAUAAGUAGUCCAAGCAAGUUACUUAUACGUUUUUUUUUAAUUUCCUUUGCAAAGACUGAAAUAAAGAAACAGUAGAACUGUUACUUAAUUUGGCAUUGAUUAGACGUUUCAAUUUUUAGAGUUUGUGAUAUUCUGUAUUUCAAAUCCUAUUUCUUUUACCGUACCGGUAUUCUAUACUACUAUCAAUUUCCUUUUUAACUAGAGCAAUACACUAUCGACCUUCAUCUCCUUGCCGAUCCUAUCG